UACUCAUGCUACUUUCACGUCACUUGUAUCCAAACGCUGUCGUUCCUUGAAGAGAUUAAAUACUAGUAUAUCUUUCGAGGCUUCCCCCCUUUCUUCCAUUCGUGAGUCGUGAAAGUGAACCACAACAAUAGCAUUCAGAGAUGGCUCAACCAGAACAACACCACAAUUCCGAGGUGGCUGAACCACAACAACGGAGCUGGUGCGUAGUCACAGGAGGAAGAGGCUUCGCGGCGCGACAUCUGGUCGAAAUGCUGAUCCGUUGUGACACGUUCUGUGUUCGUAUCGCUGAUUUAGGUCCUAAAAUCAAUCUCGAUCCCUCUGAAGAAUCUGGUGCCCUAGCUCAAGCUUUACAAUCAGGCCGUGCUUCUUAUGUCUCCGCUGAUCUUCGCGAUAAAUCGCAAGUGCUCAAAGCUUGUGAAGGUGCUGAGGUUGUGUUCCAUAUGGCUGCUCCAGAUUCUUCCAUUAAUAACCACAAGCUCCAUCAAUCAGUUAAUGUACAAGGCACUAUGAAUGUAAUUGAAGUUUGUGUUGAGUUAAAAGUGAAGAGACUCAUUUACACAAGCUCUUCCAGUGUUGUCUUUGAUGGAGUAAAUGGAACUUUGAAUGGCGACGAAACACUUCCCUAUCCAACUAAGCAUAAUGACUCAUAUUCUGCAACCAAAGCUGAUGGAGAGGCACUAGUUAUAAAGGCCAAUGGUGUUGAUGGGCUCCUGACAUGUUGUCUCCGUCCUAGCGGCAUUUUUGGUCCUGGUGACAAGUUAUUUGUUCCCUCUAUAGUUAAUGCUGCAAGGGCCGGGAAGUCUAAGUUCUUAAGUACAUCUUCUACCCAUUUUUACAAUCAAGUCUUUCGGGGUUUUCGCCAUACCCUAACCCCUUGCACUAGUUGA